AUGGCGAACGCGACAGUCGUGGUGAACACGACCGUAUGGACUACUCGGCAGGCGUCCGUGUUCUCUGCGCUACCCAAGCCUUACCCUGAAGCGGUGUCUGUCACCGUGGCGGGUAUUAUCGCCAUGGUUGGCAUCAUCGCCGGGAACUGCCUGGUCUGCGCCGCGGUGGCGAAGGACCGCUCGCUAAAGGCUGUCCAGAACUGGUACCUGGUGUCGCUGGCGGUGUGCGAUCUGAUGGUGGGCGCGCUCAUCAUGCCCUUUUCACUGGCCAAUGAGAUCAUGGGAUACUGGUACUUUGGGCGAGUGUGGUGCGAGGUUUACCUGAUGAUGGACGUGUUGGCCUGCACGGCGUCCAUCUGGAACCUGUGCCUCAUCAGCCUGGACCGGCUCUGGUCCGUCACCAACCCCAUCAAACACGCCAACAAGAGGAAACCCAAGUGGGUGUGCGGCAUGAUCACCGUGGCCUGGCUGCUGUCCUUGGCGGUGUGCGUGCCUCCACUGUUCGGCUGGAAGGACGACCAACAUCUGGACGGGAUCUGCGACAUCAACGCCUCCUUCGAGUACUCCAUCUACUCAUCCGUGGGAUCGUUCUUCAUCCCCCUGGUCCUGAUGACAGCCAUGUACACUAAGAUCUUCAUGACCGUACGGAAGCGGGGCCGCGGCACGGUCCGGCUGCACUACAAGCGCGGAAUGCGUCCCACGACCUCUGGGAACGAGAGGUCGUCCGGCAUCUCUUCCCAGAAGGACCACGUCCGGCUGACAGUGGACGGAGAGUUGGGACAGAUGAUACAGCAACAUUAA